ACCUAGGUCGCAGUAAAAUUAGGUUGACAGAAAGAGGUGACCGUCUACCUUUGCCGAUACGUUUGGAACUAAUGGGUCUUAUUUUAUUUAUUAGGCGUUGUUGAUUAAUUUUAAGUCGAAUAUGCAUUGAGAAUGGCUAGCCAAUCGCGCGUUGCCUAAUUCAGGAGGUUAUACAAACUUUCAGUGUAGCAGGUUACAUAAAAAGCAACCAGUUAUUGGACAAAGUGAAUUCUCGGUCUGUCUCUAUUGAUCAAUUCAUUUAUUUUAUUUGAAUAACAUUAUUUUUUUUUUUACAUAGACGUUAUAGACUUCACUGAUAUGGAUGUUCUUUUGGAAAACCACUUGGAUUAUUUUAUACACGACAAUACUGCUGCUACGGGCUUGAGUCCAGAAAUGCUUGCAGUUACACGGGAAGCCUUCGGUGCUGGGGACUUCAACCUCCUUGCUGAGAUCUACAGCUCCCAGCUGGCGGAUCUCCGACACCCGGACCGGAGCCUCUGCCUCCUGAAAGCGGACGCGCUCAGCAGGGCUGGGCGGAUAGCGGAGGCUCUGGACUCAUACUGCAUCGCCGCCAACUUGGACAGGUUACGACCAAACGAACUAGGGUCUCUCGUUGACUGUAUUGCGCACACUUUGCGGGUAAAAGAAUGCCUAAAAGAAUGCACAGACUACAAUGGGGUUUCUGAGGAUGAGCAUUCGUUGGAACUGUUCUCAUGUCGGCUUUGCAAGUGCUUGUUAAUCGAGCCAACAACUUUGGAAUGCGGCCAUACAUUCUGCAAACCAUGCAUUGAGGAUGACGGGAUCAAAGAAUGUGAAAUCUGUCGUUACAAACUGAACAAAACAAAUAGAGAAUUAAAACCAAUCGGUUUUAGAGUGAAUGUAGUACUCAGGUGCCUGUUGGGUAAAUGGUUUUGCGCAGAGAGUGAAGCAAGACGAUGCUGGCUUGAAGGGGAUAGAAUGCGGAACGAACGGGGCUUUAUCAACGCUCUUGAAAAAUACAACAAAGCUAUUGAAAAAGCCCCCUCUAUGUGUAGGCUGCUGGGCCGACGCGCAGAGCUACACAUGGAGAUGAACAACUUCAGACAGGCCAUACAGGAUGGAGACACCAUGUGCCGACUGACGCCACUCUCUCCCAAGGCUCACUACGUGAAGGCCCUGGCUCUGAACAAAGCAGGUUAUAAUGAAGAGGCCCUGCAAGAAUACUUCUACUGUCUGGCUCUGAAGCCAAACUGGACCUCAGUCAAGCUGGAAACGCAAAAGAUGCUGAGUGAGUUGUUUUUUUCCGUGUUCAAGACGGACGGUCUCCCCACGUCAUCACUCCGCCCCCACCAAACAGGUCUCGCCUCCCACCUCAAACCAGCCUCCCUUCUCCUCAGCUCCCUCCAUUCCACCCCUCGUAGAUGGAACCAAACCGCUACGGCAGAGACCAAGUCCUCAUGUGAGGACUCCAAGACCCUGGCGUCUGUCCUGGCUGCCUUGCCUUUCUCCCCUGGCCUGAAGAGGAAGUUCUCAGGCGAGCCCCAAGGCUCUGCACCCCCCAACAAGCUGCCCAGAAAAGUCUUGUGUUCAGAUGAGGCAAGCUCAUCCCAGAUGCCUGCAGCUUGUUGCAGUGGGAGGAGAGAGGUGCCCCCUCAGCUCCUGGAUAGCGCUGACAUGGAGUGCUCUGUUUGUAUGAGGCUGUUCUACGAGCCAGUCACCCCCCCCUGUGGACACACCUUCUGCAUGAAUUGUCUUGAGCGCUGUCUGGACCACAACCCCAAAUGCCCCCUGUGUAAAGAGAACAUUACAGAGUACAUGGCCACUAGAGGGUACCAUAAGACCCUGCUGAUGGAGGAGAUGCUGCAGCGCUACCUGUCUGAGGAGCUGAUUGAGAGGAGCAAGGUGCACCAGGAAGAGAUGGCAGAGCUGUCAAACUUGACCCAGGAAGUGCCCAUCUUCAUCUGCACCAUGGCAUUCCCCACAAUCCCCUGCCCCCUGCAAGUCUUCGAGCCGUGUUAUAGGCUGAUGAUCCGACGCUGUAUGGAGACGGGAACCAAGCAGUUUGGAAUGUGCAUCAGUGACGACAUCAAAGGCUUUGCAGACUACGGCUGCAUGUUGGAGGUGAAAGACAUGAAGUUCCAACCAGACGGGCGCUCGGUGGUCGACACAGUCGGAGUGUCCCGCUUCAGAGUGCUGAGCCACGGCCACCGUGACGGCUACAACACAGCCAAGAUAGAGCACCUGGAGGACCAGAAGGUGGAUGGAGAGGAGCUGGCGGAGCUGCAGAAGCUGCAUGACUCUGUGUACGAGCAGGCCAGCGCCUGGUUUACCUCCCUCAAAGACAACAUGAAGAACCAGAUCGUCAGCCACUUUGGACAGCUGCCCGAAAAAGACCCUGACAUGCAGGGGAGUGCCAGUGGUCCUGCAUGGUGUUGGUGGCUGCUGGCCGUACUGCCCCUGGAGAAGAGAGCCCAGCUAAGCAUCCUGGCCAUGACCACCCUCCGAGAGCGCCUCAGCACCACCCGCCGCGUGCUCAGCCUCGUCACACGCAAACACCCGCCACCACGGCGACCAUCUUCAUCAGCAGCAGCAUCAUCAUCACUGUAGUAGCCUCCCUAGAGGUGAUCAGUUUAGAAUCAUCUGGGCCCAGUUUGUCAAAAGUUAUCUAUCUGGAUUUCACCUGUCGGUUAGGAUUAAAUGCAUAGAAAUAUAAUUAAUAGAACGGGAGUCCCCGAUGAAGUCAAUGAUUUGUCUGUUCUAUUCAUUAUAUUUCUAUGCAUUUAAUCCUAUCCGAUAGACUAAAUCUGGAUAGAUAACUUUUGGAAAACUGGGCCCUGGAGAAGAAGGGAGACGAUACUAAAUUUUCCUCAGAAGCUCUAGCCUCAGAUAAAGAGUUUCAACAUUGGGAAUGAUUUACCAGUGUUGUUCAUAAUCUCAGGAAUGGGUUCUACUUGAGUCUUUAAAAAAGGAUCGAUGGACUAGUCCUACCCAACCAAAACACAUAAAUGUGUCAGGUUUGCGCACAUAUAUUUGGGUCAAUUCCAUUAAGUCCAGUUUUGUCAUGUUUGUGUGUGGUACAUUAGGUUAUUAUUGUCCUCUUGUCUUAUUAUUGGCCUGUGUACAAAUGAGGCCUUAACUUAUUUUUGCAAUGUUUUUUGCUACUAUUUGUCACGUAAAGCCAAUUUUCAUGUACAGAAAUGUAGCAUUUUUCUAUGGGACAUAAUGAAUAGAAUAAUGCACCCCAUCCCUUACUGGAAAAGCACAAGACAUUGCAGUAGCACAGAACAUCCACAGGGUGGCAGUAAAAGUGUGAACAAAGAGGAUCAAUGCAGACAGCCUUACAUUUAUUUGAACAGGUGUUUUUUGUGGAGGACAGAUCCACCCCUUUCCUUUCCAUCACAAAAACAAUGGACAGUAGGACAACACCCCUGUGAUUCAACAGCCUAUUUUUAGUUGAGUUCAAUUAAUCAAAGCUUGAUUAAAUAUAGUAAGCCUAACUCAUGUCUU